UGUCAUCCUCUUAAUGAGCAUGUGUGUGUAAUAGGGUUGUAGAAAUUCAGAAGUUUGUCUUCACCCUGGUUCUUUACAUUGUGAAAGUGGUCCUUCUGACUGAGCAGUGUGUUUAGAACUGGAGAGAGAUUUUGAAAACAGCUGAGGUCAGUGGUCUGGAAAGAGCUGGGUGGGAUAAACACCAGCGGGAAACCCGGAGCAACAUACAAGCCACUGCAGCCACUAUGUAAACUAAAAGCUCAAAUAUACUUAAAAGGACAAUCCUGAGCCUGUUUUCUCUUCAUACUGGGUGCAAGGUAAGAGAAGGAGGGCCUCCUGUGUCAGAGUUUUAGGAUGGCCAGUGAAGGCUCCACUAUUCCCAGCCCCGUAGUCUGCCAGAUUGACAAGCAGUUCUUGAUCUGCAGCAUAUGUCUGGACCGCUACGAAAAUCCCAAAGUACUGCCCUGCCUGCACACCUUCUGUGAGAGGUGCCUGCAGAAUUACAUCCCAGCCCAUAGCCUCACACUGUCGUGCCCCGUGUGCCGCCAGACCUCAAUCCUGCCGGAGAAGGGUGUGGCGGCAUUACAGAACAACUUCUUCAUUACCAACCUGAUGGACGUGCUGCAGCGGGCACCGGACAGCUGCAGCCAGGAGGCCGCUGCUCUCAACAACAUCACUUCUGUGGCUACAGGUCAACUGCUCUCCUGCCCCAACCAUGGAGGCAAUGUCAUGGAGUUUUACUGUCCUCCAUGUGAGACGGCCAUGUGUCAGGAGUGUACGAGUGGCGAACAUGGAGACCAUCCAACUGUGCUUCUUAAAGAUGUAGUGGAACAACACAAGGCCUCAUUACAGGUCCAGCUAGAUGCUGUCAAGAAGAGGUUACCAGAGAUCGACUCAGCCCUGCAGACACUAUCAGAGAUCCUGCAGCAGCUGACCAAUCAGAAGAGCUCCAUUGAGGAUGACAUCCACACUACCUUUGAUGAGUUGCAGAAGACCCUCAACGUCCGGAAGGGCCUCAAACAGAAGGUGCUCCAGGCCCAGCUGGAUGCCCUGCUGCAUGGCCAGGAGGGCAUCAACAGCAGCUGUAACUUCACAGAGCAAGCCCUGAGUCAUGGCACCGAGGCCGAGGUGCUGCUGGUGAAGAAGCAGAUGAGAGAGCGGCUCACUGAGCUUGCCAACCGGGAGCUGCCUCUGCAGCCCGAAGAGAAUGACCAGCUGGACUUCCUUGUGGAGACAGAGGGACUAAAGAAGUCCAUCCACAACCUGGGUACUAUUGUAACAACUAAUGCAGUGGCGUCUGAGUCUGUGGCUACAGGUGAAGGGCUACGGCACUGUGUGAUGGGCGUACCCACCUCCAUCACCAUAACCACUAAGGACAAAGAUGGAGAACUAUGCAAGAUGGGUAACACAGUCAUCACUGCUGAAAUCUCCUCAGCUGAUGGAGCCAGAGGUGAAGGAGAGAUUCUGGACAACAAGAAUGGCACCUAUGAGUACCUGUUCACAGCCCCCAAAGAGGGGACCUUUCAUUUAUCGCUGCGUUUAUAUGACCAGCAUAUCAAAGGAAGCCCCUUUAAGAUAAAGGCCACCAAGUCUCUAGAUGUGUCACCAACUUCAGAUGGCAUGAAGAAGAGGCUGAAGUCUCCAGGCAGUGGGCACAUCAAGCAGAAAGCCAUCAAGAGGCCAGCCAGUAUGUACAGCACAGGGAGGAGGAAGGAGAACCCCAUCGAGGACGACCUCAUCUUUAGAAUCGGUACAAAAGGCAGAAACAAAGGGGAGUUCACUAAUCUGCAGGGAGUGGCCUCCUCCUCUUUGGGAAAGGUGCUGAUAGCAGACAGCAACAACCAGUGUGUCCAGAUUUUCUCAAAUGAUGGCCAGUUCAAAAGUCGUUUCGGUGUUCGGGGCAGGAGCCCCGGUCAGCUCCAGCGACCGACGGGUGUGGCUGUCCACCCAAACGGUGACAUCAUCAUUGCAGACUAUGACAACAAAUGGGUCAGCAUCUUCUCAAGUGAAGGGAAGUUUAAGAACAAGAUUGGCUCAGGGAAGCUGAUGGGACCUAAGGGGGUAUCGGUGGACAGAAACGGCCAUAUCAUCGUGGUUGACAACAAGGCCUGCUGCAUCUUCAUCUUUCAGCUCAACGGCAAGCUGGUCACCAAGUUCGGUAAUCGCGGCAAUGGUGACAGGCAGUUUGCAGGGCCUCACUUUGCUGCUGUUAACAACAAUAAUGAAAUAAUUGUGACCGAUUUCCACAAUCACUCAGUCAAGGUGUUCAAUACUGAAGGGGAAUUCUUGCUGAAGUUUGGCUCUAAUGGCGAGGGCAAUGGGCAGUUCAACGCGCCCACAGGAGUGGCAGUGGAUGCUAAUGGGAACAUCAUAGUAGCAGACUGGGGCAACAGCAGGAUACAGGUGUUUGAUGGCAGUGGCUCUUUCCUCUCCUACAUCAACACAUCAGCAGACCCGCUGUAUGGCCCUCAGGGACUGGCUCUUACCUCUGAUGGACACGUUGUGGUCGCUGAUUCUGGCAACCACUGCUUCAAAGUCUACCGCUACCUGCAGUAGCCUUCCCCCAUCAAUGCACAAAGUGUACAGUGUAUAUAAACACAUACACACAUUAGUAUGGAGCAACUGGCAGAUUUUGCACACAUCCAUCCACCUAUUCAUCCUUGAAUCAUACUGUCGUUGUGCCAUCUGUUUGACUGUCCUCCACAUGUGGUGUCCUGUUUAAUCACUUAUGCUGAAGAAAUGGCAGAGAUGAUUAUUAGUGGUGCGGGUGAAGCGAGAGGAUCAGCUGCAGAUUGAUGCUUGAAGGAGUCACUCAGAACCAUGUUCAGAUCUUAACUGCCCUGAUUUGAACAACAAAAUGAUCAGGUUGUACAUAUGUUAGAUCUUUGAUUAGUUAUCACAUGGAAGGAAAACUGGAAAAUAAUGCUUUUGCACUUGUAUUUAAGAAAAACUGGUUACACAAGUGAGACCGACAUUAAAGAAGUACAUUAGUUACGUGACAAAUGAUGGGAAUACUACCUACUGUAUAGUUCCAAUAACUGCAGCUUCCUGUUAAAUGCUCUUCACAUUUUGCCUGUUGAUUAUAAAAAAAUGUAUUUCACUGACUAUACUGUAGGUAGCAGGGUAUUUUCAAGCAUGAUUGGGUAUUUCUGUGCAUGCUGUUUGUACAAAUAAACACCUGAAAAGCUACUGUGCACAACAUAUAAAUAUGUUUCAAGCUGACACUUAACAUCACCAAAAGACAUUUUAGAGACUUUGUUUCAAUUAGAGUACUUCUGUCUAUACGUGAAAAUGACUAGUCACUUUAACACAGUAUGCUGAUAACUUAAAAGAUAGCAUGUAUGUGUGUGCAGGACAACUGUGACUGUAUGCAUGCUGUGAUCAAUUAAGGUACCGAACAUAAACCACUUGGUAAGAUGAAUCUGCUGUGUAGGUAUCUAUGAAGCCUCUUAACAUUUUGACUCUUCUGUGAUUAGGUGCAAACAUCUUACAGUUUGAGUAAACAGCUAAAAUGCUGUAAAUAAACUCAGUGAGGUGCAUCACUCCUUGCUGCGAAGGUUUGUUUAUCACACUGCAGUGCAGGUUCAAUCCAACAUCAUCAGGCACAAAGCUGCAGAACUGUGAGCACCUCCACUCUUUUACAUGUGCUCUUAUGCCUUUGAAAGAAUCUGUACAACUACAAGAUGUACUCUCAAAAAAAAAAAA